GGGUCCAAGCCCCAUCGAUUAUGGUCCAAGCUGAAUCGAUUAUGGUUGAAGAAAAUGGCCGAGCAAAAAUUGAGUUCACGAAAAUGGGACAAGAACAUCGUUCUGGAAAAUGGGACGAGAACAUCGUUCUGGAAAAUGGCCCGGCAAGAUUCCGGGCGAAAAGACGACGGAGUGGAAGGAUACAAGACAUGUGGCAAGAGGUUCUGAGGAAAUAGAAAACCACGACAAUAUCAUACCGCGGUUGGGGCCACGGGAUUACAGGCAAAAGCAUCUCGGAGCAAAUAAACGUAUCAAGUACAGGCAAAAAAAACGGCAGUCAAAGAGGCGGCCGAAGUAUGGCGCAAAACGCUGUGAUGUCUGCCGCAAUAACAAGAUUGUAGUAUACCGCGAUUGCAGUGCGAGAAUACGAUGCGAGAAGAUCAUAGUGCGCCAGAAUUGCAAGGGAGGAAAGUCACAGUCUCGGACGAAAGGACAAAAUAAAAAAAGUAGACAACGAGAUCAGAGAAGAAAAACUGAUGAGAGCGUUUCGGCCGGAGAACAAUAUCAAGAUCGUCAGGGAAACCUCGGCCAGAGGCAUAAAGAGCGAGAGAGCUCCAGUAUUAUCCUCGACGACAAGCUCCGAAGACCGUCAACUCAUAGGAUAUGCUGAAUGGGGAAAUAUCAACGCAAGAACGAUGCAACGCAAGAUGAAGCAAUUGAAACAAGAUCCAGAAACCCGGAGUCUGGUUUUUCAUUCCUGCACACAUCGCUGGAACGGCCAGUGUUUCGCCCAGCUGCCCAUCGCCUGACGCAAUCAGAGCUUCAUUAUCCUGAAAAACGCUCCAAUCUCUCAUAUGCUCAUGGUUCUCAUUCCCAUAGUCCAAUCUCGAACUCGCAUUUCAGUGUUUUUUGAUUGAAUAACUUUUUUCUAGUGG